CGCUUUUCGCAGCCCCGGAAGCCUGGCACGUAAACCCCCGCCCUGCCAGGGGACCGUCUCCUGCCUUUGGGAGAUCCCCGGGGGCGUAAGGAGCGGGGCGGCCGCCAGGCAGGAAUGGUUCCAGCCGCCUCGGCCCCGCUGCGCAGUGGUUGUUGUUGGAAGCGCGCGCCGAGCACACGUCGCUAGGGCAUGGCUGUCCCGGGUGUUGCCUACACAUCUGAGUUCACUUUUUGAAGGCUAUUUUGUCAUCUGUGAAAUGAACAUAAUCGAAGCUGCUUCACUGGGCUGUUGAGAGCAUUAAAUGAGAGGAUGGUUGACAACCACUUGGAAGGAGGCAGCCCUGCAGGCAGGGCCUGGCACUCAGAGUGCACCCAGUGUAAGCCAUGAGGACCCUCGUGGAGCUGGCCAUCAACAGGAUGCAGACCCUCCACCUUCAGCACCGCUGCCGGGGUGGCCACCGGCCCAAGGCCAGGGCGUCAUACGUGGAUGAGACUUUGUUUGGCAGCCCUGCGGGUACCCGACCCACCCCACCAGACUUCGACCCGCCCUGGGUGGAAAAGACCAGCAGAACCAGGGGGAUGAGUAUAGGGGCAUUGCAGGCCUCGGGGGCCAACGAGAGCUAUGAGAGCACCCCGCCCAGGGGCAGCACCCCUACCCUCACAGCAAGAAAGAAGAACAAAUACAGAUUGAUCAGCCACACUCCAUCUUACUGUGACGAGUCGCUGUUUGGCCCCCGACCUGGGGGCAUUGGCUGGGAGGCCUCAUGGAUGGCAAAGGGCGAUGCUGCAAAACUCCGUGCCCUCUUCUGGACACCCCCCGCUACUCCCAAGGGUAGCCACUCACCCCGGCCCAGGGAAACCCCGCUUCGAGCUGUCCACCCAGCCAGUCCCUCCAAAACAGAGCCCAGGGUGGCGGCACACUCCCAGAUGCUACCCUUGGAUGGGUUAGACACUCCAGACCCUCUGCGGCGGGGACGAUCCCAGUCUCUCACCCACCUGAACGUUCCCAGUACUGUUCAUCCAUGUGCCAGCCCUCCUCGUGCCAAUGGGCCUCGGGACCCCAAGUCUCCGCUGUCAGGGGUGACCUUCCGGAGUCCCCUGGUGACUCCCAGGGCUCACUCCAUCAGUGUGUCAGUGCCAGCCAGUCCCCGACGUGGUAGGGCCCCCCAGACACCAAAGCCCCCUUGGAAAUGAGCUUCCUGGUCCUGGCAUUGGGUUUGCCUGUGGGGUCAUAGCGAAGGGCACGGCUUCAGAGUAUAGCACUGAUGGUGGCUUCUUCUGCCAGAGAGGCCCGCUAGCCUCUGGCCCCAGACUGGAGUCUCCCAAGUAUGGGAGAAGCACCCAGGGGAUGGUGAGGGAAAGCAUGGUGGGCAGUACCUCCCUUCAUUCUGACAAUGUGUAGUUGCUUCCUGACGUGGAUUGGGAGGCGGUCCUUGAGAUGCCUCUCUUGUCUCAGCCAUGCUCCAUAUCAGUGCCAACCCAGGUGCCCCCAGGGGAGGAACCCUUUCCCUCCCCCACCAAGCCUACAACGUGGUCUUGGUGCCAAGUGUGAAUAAAUGUGAUUGCCAACUGGGACCAAAGGUUCCUUCCCCCACUUCAAGCCGAGCUUGCAGCUCAGGAGUCAUUUCCAGCUGAGUCUAGAAGCCCCAGAGACUCCCAGGAUAGUGGACAUGGGGACACAGGAGGAUCUGGGUUAGUACUCGGAGGAACAAAUAAUCGUGUAUUUUCAUGUGUAUUAAAUAUAUCAAAACCAUGAUGCUUACUGAUUUUUCUUCUUAAGACCAGUGUCAGGCCUGAGUUGAUUAAAUAACAAAGCUAAGUAAUAUAACAGGUAGUACAAAGUUGGGCAGAACCCACAACAGUGGCCAGUGGGUGGCUGGAGUUGGAGGACACAGCAACACGGGAUCCCUCCUGUCCUUGCUUGCCAGCCAAUGCCAAUGACUGCUAGGUCGCUCCUGAGUACAGAAUAGGAACCUUAGUUUUUUGUUUGUUUUGAAGUCAUAUAUAUGUGCGUGUAUUUCCCACCUUUUCAGAAAACAAUGCUUAGGCCUUUGCCAGGAGGCGGGGUCCAAAAAGGCCAGAAAAUUACCUGUGUAUCUGGGCAUCUCAGGACAGAGGCCUCAGCCCUCACCCCCACGCCAGGGCACUGCCUGUAUCCCGCCC